UGGUGUUCUCUUCGCUUGUCGCGCGUAGUAGUCCUCUUUGGAGCUCUCGUUCCGAUGGUGUCAACCCGUGUUUGUAAGUGAAGUUCGGGAGUCGGUCUUGGACAGAACUCUGAAUUGGAGGCGUCGUGCACGAGUUCCUCCUGGAUUGUCCUACUUCUUCGUAUUCAACUUCUCGCUAAAAAAAGACUUGUCGUCGGACGGGGACAGGGACAGGCCAUCCCACCUCGAACGUGGGGCAGACGUGGUCAAAUCGACCAGGUGGUAUCUGUUUCUCGUUCGUUGGUGGCUUCUGUCGUUGGUUCGUGGGCCAAAAUGCCAGUGGCUGCCGGGUUGGAUCCCCGAGUAAGUGAGUGCCUUGUCCGAAAAAGGAUAACAAAUCACGCCACUAAUCGUUGAGCGCGUGCCGUCGUUGGACGGUUGGUUUGGUUUGGUUUGGUCGGUCAGUCAGUCAGUCAGUCGGUGGGUUGGUUAAAAAACAGUCUUUUAACACGCUUUUUCGAUCCCAAAAAACGCAGGAAGUGACUGGCGGUGGUGGUGGUGGUUGUUGUUGUGUUUCUAUGCCCUGUGGAUUGGACAGACUUGGUUAGUUAGGACUCGUAUAAGUGACUGUUAGUGUUCGGAACUACGGAGCAUGUGUGGUUUGUUGAUUCCUGACAGUCUGACGAGAAGGAGAGGAAAGAGUUGGAAGCACGGAUCAGGGACUGACUAAGGACCGAAGAAGGAGACGAAAGACGCACCACCAACAGACCCAGAGGACUUAGUGAGUGAGUGCCGACCGAUAGAUGGAUGGAUGGACCUUCGCAUUUAGCCGAAAUCAAGAAAAACCUUGAAAAUUGUUUGCAAAACCAAAUAUCUAAACUCGGCUUAGAGGGCGAAUCGCCACCACAUCGCUCUCGAGAUAAGCGGGCACACGGGAGUGUAUUCGAUCCGUCCAAUCCACAAACAGUCCGAGAAGACACGACAGAAGAGCGACAUUAUUCGCGGUGCUAUCACUGCUCCCACUGCCAGAUUCAUCCAAAUUGAAAUCCUCGUCGUGCGCUGCAAGUCCGUUAAAGCUCAUCGCCAACAGAGACAUCAAAUCAUCAUCGUUUUCGGAAGACAGAAAACGGAAAAACGGAAGGUCAAAUCGAAAUUGAAACACGAUUUCCAGCUCAAGAUAAUCGUCUCGCCUUUCAACAUCGUCAUCGUCGUCCUUCUGUUCCUCCUUCUCUUCCCCCCCUCUCAAGUGAACGACCUUUGAUAUUCUGAGAUCGGAAUCGAGUUCAUCGAACAAACAGCCUCCAUUGGGAACAACAGGAAACAGCCUUUGAACGUCGUGGCAAAACAUUAUGCCGAAGAGAGAGACAUACUAGAGAGAGAGUGUGAAAGUGACUGAUCAGGAACGCUUGCUUACGAGUAUAUAUGAGAGAACCUUUUAUCCACUAACCAAGGAACAGACGAUAAGCUGCAGGCUUAAUCUUUGCUGAAUUAUUGUGUUUGAUUAAGUGCUGACGACAUGCGAUAAUUCAUUGAUACGCUGACAGUUGGAAAAAGAAGUGGUCCUCCAUCACAUCUUCAAAACCUCACGAAAGGGAGUGUCAUUGUGCCACCUGACGUUUCCAAGCCUGAUCCAGUCAAGGCUCAAAUCGGUUCCAAUCACCAGCAAGCUGGCCGCGAAAUCCUCUUCGUCUCCUUAUCCUGUAGAUGGUGGAAGUGACCCUCCGCCCCUACCCGGCCCUUCUGAUAUUGCAUCCCAGGCCUCCAAAACAGGUUCCCGGAAACAACGCCCAUCUCCACCGGUGUCGUGGCCCCGACGCCGGGGUACGCGUGCCACAUCCGCCUUCAUCAACCACUUCGAUCCCAUUCAAGUGGCUGAAGAUAUGGCCAAUAUCCGACAUGACGCCCUCGGGUCCCAAUCCCAGGCUUCGGUGGAAACUGACGCCGGCGUGGGGUCAGCCUCGGCGUCCCUCACAUCCCUCUUGGACUACAACCAAGAUCAUGCUCGGGUCGAGUCGUGGUUGGAUGAGAAUCCAGAUUUCUUCCAAGACUACCUCAUUCGGAAAGGUGGACGUCAAAUGAUCGAUGCCUGGCUGGUGGCUCAUGCUCUCCCUCCCGGGAUCACUACCUCUAUUCACAACAACUACUCGAACUCGGAGCCAAGCUCAUCCACAGAUACCUCACCACAUGACGAUGACCGAGAUAGCCAAAACUCAACGAGAACGGUUUCAUGUGGUUCCAAGGGGUCUUCCUCAGGAAAUGGAACUCCGGUCAGAAAGAUCUCUGCCCAUGAAUUUGAGCGUGGGGGUUUGAGUAAACCUCUCGUCAUGACUAUUGAUGGAACCCACACGUUCCUGAGUCCGCCCAGCAGCUGCGAAGUUAGUGGCCAGAUUCGCAAAAGAAGCCGACACGACGUUCAGGGAUUAAAUGAGACGGAAUUAAUCUUUGAGCUUGUAAAAGAUAUCUGCAACGACCUAGACGUCAGACGCCUUUGCCAUAAAAUUCUCCAAAAUGUCGGGAUCCUUACUUAUGCCGAUAGGUGCUCGCUGUUCUUGGUUCAGGGGGAUGCAGACCAAGACUCUCGCUAUUUGGUGUCCAAUUUGUUCGAUGUAUCCUCGAAUUCCACCGUGGAAGAGAUGAAUAAGAAGACUGAGAUAAGAGUACCAUGGGGCCAGGGUGUCGUGGGGUAUGUGGCCCAAUCUGGGAUCCCACUGAACAUCUCCGAUGUCUACAAAGAUGAGCGUUUCAACCAAGAUGUGGAUAAAAUGACCGGUUACAGAACCAAGUCCAUGUUGUGCAACCCAAUAAAGGACACCAAUGGGGAUGUAAUUGGAGUGGCUCAGGUCAUUAACAAAGCCUUUGAUGGCACUUUCAACCAAAAUGACGAGGCCCUCUUCGACAAAUAUCUGCAAUUCUGUGGCAUUGGCCUCAGGAAUGCUCAAUUGUAUGAGCGAAGUCAACUCGAGGUGAAGCGAAAUCAGGUGUUGCUCGAUUUGGCGGGUGUGAUCUUUCAAGAGCAAAGCACCAUCGACAUGCUCAUAUUUCGAAUCCUGACCCACAUGAUCUCGCUGAUUCGUUGUGAGCGUGCCAUGUUAAUGUUGGUCCAUGACAAUUCCCAUAGGUCGUUUUCUCGGGUGUUUGAUCUCGAAGCCAGUGAUAUGGAUAACGAAGACAUUAAAUGGCCUUUUGAGGGGCGUUUCCCCAUCAAUGCCGGUAUCACGGGUUUUGUGGCUGCCACGGGUAGUACGGUGAAUAUUGCGGAUGCUUAUCACGACGAACGCUUCGAUCAAGCUGUGGAUGCCAAUUUGAAAUUCAAGCACAAGACCAUCCUGUGCAUGCCGAUUUGCCACAUAGGAACAACUCGGAAAGUCUUGGGGGUGUUCCAAUUAGUCAACAAGUUUGACGAGCUACCGUUCACUAAAAACGACGAGAACUUUGUGGAGGCCUUCGCCAUCUUCUGUGGAAUGGGCAUCAAUAAUGUGCGCAUGUACGAAAAGGCUGUGGUUGCCAUGGCCAAGCAACAAGUGACUUUGGAAGUGUUGAGCUAUCACGCCUCCGCCCCUUUGGAAGAUGGCAUCCGUUUGGCCAGACAAAAGAUUCCCUCCACGGCGGCACUGAAAUUGAACUCCUUCAGUUUCGACGACUUUAGUUUGGAGGACGAUGAAACACUCCAGGCUGCUCUUCGAAUGUUCAUUGACCUGGAUUUCCCCGGUCGGUUCCAUAUUGAUUAUACGGUGCUCUGUCGGUGGCUCGUCUCGGUCAAAAAGAACUAUCGCGAUGUGACCUACCACAAUUGGCGACAUGCUUUCAAUGUGGCCCAGUCAAUGUUUGCUGUGAUCACCAGCACCCAGUGGUGGAAAAAACUUGGAGAGGUCGAAUGUCUUUCACUCAUGAUUGCUUGCCUCUGCCAUGAUUUGGAUCAUCGAGGGACGAACAACUCUUUUCAAAUCAAAUCCAGUUCUAAUCUGGCACAACUCUACUCCACCUCAACUAUGGAACAUCAUCAUUUUGAUCAGUGCCUUAUGAUACUCAACUCCAAAGGCAAUCAAAUUCUGUCCAAUCUUUCUCAGGACGAAUUUAAGCGGGUUAUUUCUGUGCUUGAGGAUUCCAUCCUAGCCACUGACCUGGCCGUCUAUUUCCGACGAAGGAACGAGACUUUUGGCCUUGUGGAUUCCAAAGAACUGGAUUGGUCCAGCGACAAUCACCGAUCUCUUCUCCGCGGCCUUAUGAUGACGGCAGCGGAUUUGGCGGCCAUUACGAAACCCUGGCCCAUUCAAAAGAAAGUAGCUCGGCUCGUGUCAGCUGAAUUCUUUUAUCAGGGCGAUUUGGAGAAGAAACAACUCAAUGUGCAGCCCAUCGACAUGAUGAAUCGAGAGAAGCUCGAUCGAUUACCCGCCAUGCAAGUGGACUUUAUUGACACGAUUUGUUUGCCCGUCUACAACUCGUUUGCCAAGAUUUCCCCAACGCUGUCGCCAUUGAGGGAGGGUUGCUUUCAGAACAGGGUCGAAUGGGCCAAACUGGCGGAAAAGGAGGAAAAGGGCCCGAAGAAGGAUCCAUAACAAAACCAGAUGGAGAAGAGAGAACGAGUCCGAGCGCUCGAGCAAGUCAAUAAUUUGUUGCAAAGCCAUAUUUGUCAGAUGAGUGAGAUGAAACUAUGGGUCGUUCCAUUUUUUGAGUAAUAAUGGAAAUCCUUAUCAAUGCAGAAUCUGAGAGCAAACUUUCGUUCGCAUGGGCUCCCCAGUACCCGAACAAGAAUCAUGGACUGACAAUCAAUUUUAACGGAACUCGUUGCCUUCCUCUCAUGAGUCUUGCUUGAUAUGCUUAGUAAUCCGGUUAAAAAGACGUGCUUGGAGGUGUCAAUGUGAGCCAACUCCCCCAAUCUUGAUGCUAUCUUAACUGUUGUUUUGAUUGAUUACUAUAUGCUUAUUUUGAAUUACCACUACUUUCAUCCUGUUUGGAUCAAGUCAGGAAUUACUCGAUGUUUAUUGUCGUGAAUGUGAUGAGUACAUCUUUGUCAUAAUACGAACUUGUUGCUGUAUUUAUUAUUAGCAGUCAAAAUACACGCUCGGUCGGAGUAGCUAAAAGUCC